CGGGCUGUUUUGUCAAUAAAAGACGAUUUAAAAGUUAAGAAAUGUCGCUUUUAACGAAAAAUCCUCCAAAAAUUGUGGAAGAGCCCCAAAGCGAUAAGAAAUUUGGAUCUUCGGCGCUCAAUGAACUAUGCAGAGGUCCCAGAAUGACCAAGGAAUUCAUCAAAAAGCACUGCAAAGAGCACAAAUUGUACCAAACGCCGCAACUCAACGACGUCCUUUACCUCCAUUUCAAAGGAUUCAGUUACAUCGAGAACCUGGAGGAAUACACCGGCCUGAAAUGCCUGUGGCUCGAAAAUAACGGCAUCAGAGAAAUCAGCGGAUUGGACAACCAGAUCAAUUUGAGGAGCCUCUUUCUCCACUACAAUCUCAUCAAAAAAAUCGAAAAUUUGCAAUGCUGCCCCAAUUUAGACACCUUAAACAUAUCUUACAACCAAGUGAAACGGAUCGAGAAUUUGAACAACGUAAAAAUCCACACGCUGAACAUGUCUCACAACUACGUGGAGAAAUUGGAGGACUUCGAACAUUUGGCCGAAUUAGAAGAACUCUCUGUAUUAGACCUGUCCAAUAAUCACAUAGAUGAACCGUUAAUCGUCGAAGUACUCGGCCGCAUGCGCUCCAUAAGAGUGGUCAAUCUAAUGGGCAAUCCUGUCAUUAGAAAAAUCCCCGCUUACAGGAAAACCUUAAUACUGGCCUGCAAAAACUUGCGCUAUUUAGACGACUAUCCGGUGUUCCCGAGAGACAGAGCUUGCGCCGAGGCAUGGGAAAGAGGUGGCGUCACCGAAGAGGCGGCGGAACGGCAACGCUGGGUCAACGCCGAACGACAACGCAUAAUGGACAGCGUCAACGGCAAGUAUUCAAUUACCCAAUUUAUCGAAACGGGUGCGAUUUAUCGAUUCCCCCCAGCUUUGAUUCGAAUCCGCGACAGGAACAUCGAGCGCAGGCGGCAGCAGCAAUGCGACAGCGGCCACGGAACGUCCGUGGGAGACUCCGAAAGCGAGGCCGAGAGCCUCAACGCGGACGUCGCGACGUCGAACCGAAACCGCAACAGAAACGCUGAGGAAGCGGACGAGGAAGAAGAGGAGGACGAAGGACCGCGAGAGUACGUCGAACGACGCGAAAUGGAGCUGAGAGCGGCCAGAGACAACGCCGAAGGGAGGCCUAGCAGAAGGAACAACGAGCCGACUGAUGAAAGCGAAGAAGGCGAGGAGAACGAUUCGGAAAAUGACGAAGAAAACGCGGAGAGUUCGUCGCUAUCGUCGUCGUCAGAAGACGAAGAUUUUAUGAGGGAUAGGCAAAUCGAGGAUCCGAAGUUGUACGAAGAAUACUCUCACAAAAUAUUCGAUUUCGAAAGCAAAACUUACAAGAGCCGAGUCUUAAUAGAAGAAUACGAUAAAACCGUAUUUAAACCGAGCACCAGCGGAACCCAAAUCAACCCAUCGCCCGAUGUCGACGACACCACGACGAAUCCACCCGAAGACGACCAAACGCAAACUACAAGCGACGAAACGACUACAGCACCACCCGAAAGAGACACUGGAUUCAACGACAUAGUCGACGCCAUGGCCAAAAUGGUCGGUAUUGAUCGCACCAAAGGAAUAAUCGUCCCCGAAACCAACCAAAAAUCCUCACCAAACACCGAAGAAAUCGAAGCAACCAACGAAACCGAAGAACCAUCUCCUCGACAAGAAGAAACCGAAGCCCAACCAGCCGAAACACCUCAAACACCCGAAGUGGCUAUAAACAUAUCCGAACAAGUGAACGCUUACAUCGCUCACCGGGAGCAAGCCAAGCAAUACGCCGCCGACAUGGUGAAGAAGAACGCCACCGGCUCCGCUACGAUGAGUUUCGAGGAGUUCAUCGACGCCCACGAGGAGUCGAAGAGGAACGAAGGCAAAGUCGAAGAGGAACAGCCGCCGGAGGAGCGGCCGCCGCCGUCGCCUCGCGUUGAAAACCCCAAUCUGCAGAUGGCCAGGUUGCUGUUGGAGGAAAUUCGACAGGCGGCCGGUGAUUCUGACGACGACACCGACGCUGAUGAAUUCGAGGAUACCGUAGACGAAGCUAACGAUGUGGACGAGGAAAGGGAGAAGUCCAUUCAAAGGAUCGUGGAAGAGUACAAGGCGAAACAUCAAUCGGAUGUAGCAGAAGCGAUUGCUGAUGAUAAACCGAAGGAGAAAUCUGAUUUCGAUUUGAGAGAGGAACAAUUACUUUUGGUUAAAAAUUUGAUGGAAGUUGGCCAACAUCAGGAAGAUGUAGUAAGUAAUACAGUUGAUAAAUUGACGGUGCAGAUUGAUGAUGCUGUUGGUGCAAAUGAACUGAAGGAAGAUACCGCACAAGAAUCGGAAAUUGAAGCACCAAGUAGAGAGAUAAACGAGGAAAAUGGUCUACCAAUAAUUACACUCUCUAUUGAAGAAGAGGUUCCUAAGCAGGAUAUUACCGAAGACAACGGUGAUAAAAUCGUUGAAACAGAAAAUAAAAUUUGCGAAACACCUUCUUCCCUGAAAACCGAAGAUGAAAAUCUCGACAACAACGAAGAAGAUAAAGAAUUUUACGAUGCACUUGAAACCUUGGACGAACGCGCAACCAAAUCCGAGCCGUCAAAUAAUGAAACAUUGACAUUGAAAGAUGAUUUAGAAACUAACGAAAUAAUGGAAGUUAAAUCGCAAGAAUACCCGGAGAAUCUUCCGAUUGAUCCGAUACCGUCAACCAGCAAAGUCAGCAAUUUAACUAGAGAAGAAGUGCAAGAAAUGCUGAGAGCAGAGAUCGCCAAACUCAACAAAACUGAUUCCAUUCAGGAUAUUAUCGGACAGAACGUUAGAGUUAGGAAGAAUAAAAAAGUUUCCGAAAACAGCGACACCGAAAGCGACGAUUCGUACGAGAUGCUUGAAAACAUAUUCUACGAGGAACUGGACAAAAGCGAUUACCUCAAGGCGGACAUACCGAUCGAUUUCGAUCCCGAUGACACCACCAACACCGCCAAAACCAAAGAGGAACUCAAGAAAAUCCUAACGUCCAAGCCUAAAGUAGACGAAAACGAAGACACCAGCUACAGGGAACUCUUAGAAUGGGACUUCAAGGACCCGUUCAUAAAAAGAUCGAACUUACCGACCGUUUCACCGGCCAAGCGAGAGGAAGAACGCUUGGACAUUUUGAACACCAUCAAACUGAGCCAACAGUACCAAGAGAAAGGAACCGAUGCCGAAAUCGAGGAUAUGAUCGACGAUAUAGAGGUGAUGAGGCGCGCCAGGAACCUCUCGUUGAUGAAAAACAAAGCCGAGUCCCAGUCUGGCGUACUGAAAAUGUCUAAGAGCGUUCCGCUGUUCGAAUCGAAGCGAACCGACGUCGAUGCGACGACGACCAGCGGCGAGAAGUUGCCCGAUUACCCGUCGAAGCCGAGGCAGCCGGAGUCGAUGAAAAUUUGCACGAAUUUGGCGCAGAUUAGAGCGGAGAUGGCGGAGUUUACCAAGCAGUUUGAUGAGUUUAAAGAGAAAUUCGAACAACCCAAGAACGAUUUCGUGAAAGACUACAAUGAAGCCGUGGAGAAGGAAAUGGAAAUCAUACAUAAAAUGAUAAAAGCUCGCCAUAAGUUGGUGGAUGAGAAACGGAAGCGAGCGUAUACGGAAAAGCGCGAUGUAACCAAAGAACAGGCGAAAGGGGACAUCACGAUAGAAGAUUUUAGAAGGCACUACCGCGAUUUCGGCAUAGAAGUUUCGGAACCAAAGCUCGAUGAUAAAUUGGUCAUCGAAACUGACAUGGAAAUGUAUCAAGAAGAAAAGGAGGUGGGCGAAAUGAAAGAAAUCAUUGAGGAGCAAACUAAAGACGAAGAAUUAUUCGAGGAUUGUCAAAUGAUUCCCGAAAAAGAUGAAGAAUCGAAGAAAUUUGAAUAUAAAGAAUCAACUAAUGUUAAGGAAGAAUCAAAGGAGGAUGUUGUUGAUGGAGAAGGCACAGAGGAUACUGAUGUUCGUCUAGUGAGUUCCAAAGAAUCCAUAGAAGAAUUUAAAGAUCAUGGUAAUGAGAAGGGUAACAUGGAAAAUGAAGAAGACAGUGAGAAGGGUGUUGAUGAACCUAAAGUUAUUCAUAGAGUAACGCGAUCUUUGGAAAUGCAACUAGCCAAAGAAAAUGAUUGAAGCGAUU